GAACUUGUUAGCAGGCGACUAUCGUCUCUUCCUUUCUGUGAUUUCGGUGGCGGCAGCUCUCUACUUCAAGAUCUACAAGCUACAGAUCUAUUAAGCUGUUUAUUCCUUAUAACAAUGAAGAAGAAAAGAAAAAAAGAAGGACAAGAGAGCCUUUACAUUAUAUUGAAUCGACGGAAUUGGGAAUAGCCAACAGAGAGGUCUCUCAAGAGUGAUCAAAGAGAUCCAGGCAGAAGCUAAGUCUGGAGAAUCUAUUUCUGCCUGUAACUAAUUCGAGGAAAGGAGCAUACUCUUGGGAGAGGGUGCUGCAAAAAACUGAAAAUAGGUUCUAAAAUCUUUUUCAUUGCUUUUUAAAUUAACCAAAGAAAAAAGCCUGCUGGAUGAUACUGCCUCCAAAGAUGCACCCAACCAUGCUAAGAAACAGAGGGUGGGAGAACAAUGCCAACCGGUGAACCCAGAAAGCCACUCUGAUGCUGAAAAGAAAACUCUAUUGAUGAUCAGCUCUUCUGAGCAUGAAAAGAUGCCUCUACCCCUCUGAAGAAAUCUUCGUAACGGGCAUUGAGAAAGCGUCCUCUAGAAUCCGAAUCAAAUCAAGGAAAAUGCAGAUCUAAACGGCUGAAAAUUAAGAACUUCAACCGAAAGCACUUGGGACAAGUUGCAGUCUACUUAGUGCAUGUUUGGUACAGCUGGUGAGAAAUCCUUUUGGACUCCAAAAGCUCCAGUUGCACCAAACACUACAACUUGUGAAAAAUGCUAUAACUUCUCACAAAUUAGUCUUUUGUCCAUUUCAUUGCAAAUCUCAUAAACACCGAAUUUGUGCUUUUGCGAGAGCUUUUCAUUGGGAUUUUAAUGAAAUUAGCACAUUAUU